GUUAUGAAAACGAAGAAGAACGAUAUGUUCUGUACUAGGAUACCAAAUUCAAGUUUUUAACGUUGCAAGUUUUUUUUAACAUUCUGCAAUUUUUUUUCGAGUUCAUUUCUUUAGUUAAUAUUUAGUUCUAAGAUGCUAGAAUUAUAUAAAAACGUGAAAACUUUAAUAAAAUUAGGGACCGUACAUACAGAUAAUAAUGUAUUUAAAUUACAUUACAAAGUUACAGUUAUUUUACUUGCAACUUUUUCUGUAUUAUUAACGAGUAAACAGUAUUUUGGGGAACCUAUAGACUGUGAUGUAGAACAAAGGAAGGAAGUGAUUGACACAUAUUGUUGGAUACAUGGAACUUUCAUCAUUAAUCAAAAUUUAAAUGAUCCGGUCUUACCAGGUUUGGGGAUACAAAGGAAUGAUUAUCCCAAUGAUGAACCUCCGACGUCUAGGCAAACUUAUUACCAAUGGAUUUGUCUUAUUUUUGGUGUACAAGCUGUUCUUUUCUAUCUCCCCAGAUAUUUAUGGAAAGCUUGUGAAGCUGGGAGAUUGAAAGAACUUAUAGGAGAAUUUGGGGGAGCUAUAACAUCUGAUAAAUGGAAUCAGAUGGAAAAAGAUAAAAUAGUUAAGCAUAUUCUUGAUGGUACAUAUGUUCAUAAUGUUUAUACAUUCAGAUACUGUUUUUGUGAAGUUUUAAAUUUAGUAAAUGUGAUACUGAACAUAUGUUUUAUGGAUUGGUUGAUUACGGGACAAUUCUCUGCAUAUGGUAUAGCUCGUGCAACUUUUAAGCAAGUCAAUCCUAUGGAUAAGGUGUUUCCAAAAAUUGCAAAGUGUUCUUACUACCGAUACGGUCCUAGUGGAGAUCAACAAUUAUUUGAUGCUCUUUGCAUUCUUCCAUUAAAUGUACUUAAUGAAAAAGUUUUCCUGAUUUUAUGGUAUUGGCUUUUCAUAUUACUUGCUUUAACAUUUUUGUGUAUUCUGUAUAGAGGCCUGUUUUUAUUUUUACCCAUGUUCAGAAUCUAUUUGUUAAGAGCUCAAGCAAGGAAACUUGAAAAAAAGAAAGCUAAAUUCAUCGUUAGUAAACUGUCUUUUGGUAACUUCUUUAUUUUGUACAAAUUUGGUAAAAAUGUUAAUCCACGUUUGCAUAAAGAAGUCGUUAUGUGUUUAUAUGAUCAUUUAAUUACCAGAGGAUCAUAUAAGAAUUUUCUACAAGACAUUUAAGUUUUUGAAAUUGAUUUUUCAAUAUUAUUUUGUUUAGAAAUUUGUUUUUGUUUGAAGAAUUCUCAUUAUUUUUAAUAUGUUUAGCAGUCCCUGGCUGUGAUUUACCUCAUUUAUAUUAUAGAUACUUGAAAGUUUAAUAAAAACCGUUCACUAUGAAUAUUUUUGUCAAGAGACUCGAUUAUAUAAUUAUUAUUAUGGUUUAUGGCAUCAACAGGUAUUUUAGUACCAACAAUUAUAAUAUACUGUUGUGUCUUUAUGUUUUGCAUUAGUAAUUAAUAUUUUUUUUAGAAUAUUCAUAGUUGAAGGGCUUUUAAAGGCUAGACCAUAUAAUAUGGUAUCAACAUUCCUAUUUUCUAAUUCUUGUUAAUAAGACUGUGUUUUUUAUGCAUAAAAAUUUUAUCAGAGCUUUCUUAUCUCAAUUUGUGAUUCACAUUUGAACACACUGUUUACUGCCAUUACUCAAACACUCACAAUUACACUGGUCAUUCCAUGGAUGACUGGUUCAUACCCUGGUCAAAGGAUCAGAUAGUUUUGAAUAUGAGUGGUAGUAAAUAGUAUAAAUAUCACCAACUAUUCCACUAAUUUCAACUUAAAUGACUUCUAUUUACACGUCAUUGUUUGGAUGAUUUAUUCAUCAAGUGCAUCUCAUCCAUUUUCUCUUAGUUUGUUUCCAUUUUUCAAUUAAUUUACAAGUCAAAGUGCUUCUUGAAUGUUUGUUAAUCUGUUGUCAAUUAUCUGUGGUUAUUUGUAUUGUUUUUUUCACUUCAAUCUCUUUAAGUCGAUGGCAAGGCAAUAUAAUUCCAAUAGCUCUUUUUGUCACCUGUAUUUCUAUAAGCUUCUUAUAUCAAUACUCUUUUGUAUCAAUAUGUCCAGUGUGAAUCCCAAUUUAUAUGCAAAAUAGCCUUCUGCAUCCUCCAUAGCCUAAUGCAUAUAUCAUCCAUAUUUUUCUAUUCUGUACUAAUGUGGAUAAAUUUAUUUUUUUUGAAUUAAUAUAUUUUGAAAGAUCACAUUUUGGGUAAAUUCAUAAAGUAAAGCGAGCUUUGAUAUAGGAAAUAAGAAUCAGUCAGAAACAUUUGCAAUAUUGUUUAUUUAUUUCGUGAUUUUGUUUGUGUUAGUGGAUAUGUAUUUUUCCAUUUUUGAAUACGUUUUAUACAAUUUUUUAUGUUACCUUUGUCCAACUUUUAUAAAAAGCGAAAUAAAACAUUAUUCACCUCAUUACAUUUGUAGUGGAAAUUAUAUCGAAACAUUAAGUUAAUUUAUGAAUAGUGUUCUGUUUUUGGUUUUUUAAAUUUAAUUCCAAUUAUAAAUAAUUAUUUCGUUAUUUUGUCAAAAGAAAAUUAUAAGUUUAAGUAUAUUCGUACUUAUUAGAAAAAACUUAGUACUUUUCACUUUCUCAUGAGUUGUUCAAAAAAUAUGUGUUAAUAAGUUUUUUUUUUCAAAAAGUGAUCAUUUAUAUUACUCUAUAGAAAGGCAUCAAGCAGCAAUUCUCUUUUUUUACAAGAUAUACCAGUGUGGACAUUUGAACUACUACCAAAUUUAAAAGAUGUGCCUUAUCACAAUAUCAAAAAGAAUAAAUAUUAGUUUAUAGUGUUGAAAGUUAUUUGUUAGAAGAUUCUCAGAAAUCACACAUUUAUUUAAUAAUAUCCAGUUGAAGUAUUUUUACAAAUGUAAUGUAUUUUCUCUUUCAUUUAUAAUAAAAAUAUAUUACUCAA